GGAAGAGCUGGCAAAGACGGAAAAGAGGGAAAGAUAGACAGGAGAUACGGACGUAGACAAGGAAACAGAGCCUGAAAACCAGGGAGACACCCCUUAAACACAGCUCUGAAUCCUAUCUGUGAGUCUGUAACGCUUUAAGGCGCCACUUUAAUGGCUGACAGCAGCAGGGAAACUGGAGAAGAGCUGUGACUGGCCUUUUUUUCCCUUCUUCUUUCACUACGAGGGGGUCAACACAGCCGCAUUGAUCCCAUCAUCCCAGGCUUUGUGGAUCGACUCGCUGUCUUUAUCUAAAGAGAUCAGCCUGUUGAUUGCUACUUCACAACAAAGCUUAUGGAUUACAGAGGGUGUUGGAAAGGCAUUGAUCACAGCUCUGUAGACACUGAGAACUGAGCUUCAGUUACUGCCUUCUGUUUUUACCUUUCAGUUUGAGUGGGACUUGUGUCGGCCUCUACCUUUCCAACCUUGCAUAUAGAAACCAGCUGUCCCUCUGUCACCAUGUACGGUAGCUCCAGGUCCGUCUCCAAGCUGGACGUUGUGGGAUCCAACGGUAGCAGCUCUGGGAGUCCUGGCCGCUCGCCACGCCUCCCUCGUUCCCCUCGUUUGGGACACCGGCGGGACAACAGCAACAGCUCCAGCGGAGGACUCACAGGCACGGGGAAAACUCUGUCCAUGGAGAAUAUUCAGUCUCUGAACGCUGCCUACGCCACCGGGGGACCCAUGUACUUCACCGACACAGCUGAAGAUCCGGUCGGAAGCAUGGGCAGCGGGCUGAAUCCUGGCACACCUAAAAGCACCAUGACUCUGGGCAGAGCGGGGGCCAGGCUGCCCUAUGGGGUGAGGGCAGCGGUGAUGGGGAGCAGCCCGAACAUAAACACAGGUGGAGGAGCAGGGAGCAGUGGGGCCAUCAUGCCCAGUGACGCCAUAGCUUUCGGGGGGGAGCUGCAAAACCAGCCUCAACAGGCAGCUACUGUUCCUCACUCUAUGAGACAGGUCAGAGACGGGGCAAUGUCCGACCUGCAAACGCAGUUGAGAGAAGUUCUUAGAGAAAACGAACUGCUGCGCAGAGAACUGGAGGCCAAAGAGUCCAAAUUGAGCUCCUCUAUGAACUCCAUAAAGACAUUCUGGAGUCCAGAGCUGAAGAAAGAGAGAGCGGUGAGAAAAGAUGAAGCAACAAAGAUGGCUGUGUGGAAGGAACAGUACAGGGUGGUGCAGGAGGAGACACAGCAUCUUCAGUGCACCAUCCAGGCCUUACAAGAUGAGCUCAGGAUCCAGCGAGAUCUCAAUCAGCUCUUCCAAUCCGAUUACUCUGAGUCGGGUCGACUUGGAGCCCAGCCCAUUCCCCCUCAGGAGAUGACCGAAGACAACUUCCUCCGUCUCCACAGCGAGUUCGAGCGGCAGGCCAAGGAGCUCUUCCUCCUGAGGAAGACGGUGGAAGAAAUGGAGCUGAGGAUAGACACACAGAAACACACCCUGACCGCCAGGGAUGAGUCAAUAAAGAAGUUACUGGAGAUGUUGCAGAGUAAAGGUCUGUCAUCGCGGGCGGCGGAGGAGGACCACGAGCGAACGAGGCGACUGGCUGACGCAGAGAUGACCAUCCACCAACUGGAGGGGCUGCUGGAGCAGAAAGACAAGGAGAUGCUUCAGCUCAGAGAGGAGCUGCACAGGAGAUAUGAAGCAGCUCCAGAAUCAACGAAGACCAAGGCCCUGCAGACUGUUAUCGAAAUGAAGGAUGCAAAGAUCAGCUCUAUGGAGCGCGGCAUGAGGGAGCUGGAGGAGGAGGUGAUGAUGCUGAAGUCCAACGGAGCUCUGAGCAGCGAGGAGAGGGAGGAGGAGAUCAAACAGAUGGAGGUCUACAGAUCCCACUCCAAGUUUAUGAAGAACAAGGUGGAACAGCUAAAGGAAGAGCUAACUCACAGCCAAUCAGAGAAGGAGGAGCUGAAGCAACGAGCCAAUGAGCUCCAGCAGGAGGUGUCUGCAAUGGAGCAGGCAAAGCAGGAGCUGAGUCGUAAAGACAGCGAGCUGCUGGCUCUCAGGACCAAACUGGAAACUUUAAACAAUCAGUUUUCUGACAGCAAACAGCAUGUGGACGUACUCAAAGAGUCACUCACCGCCAAGGAGCAGAGAGCUGCCAUACUUCAGACCGAGGUGGAUGCUCUGCGUCUCCGUCUGGAAGAAAAGGAGUCUCUCCUCUCAAAAAAGAGUCAGCAGAUCUCGGAGCUGACGGAGGAGAAAAGCACUCAGCAAGGAGAGAUCACUGAUCUCAAAGACAUGCUGGAUGUUAAGGAGCGCAAAGUUAAUGUGCUACAGAAAAAGGUGAGGAGCCUCAUCCUGUGCAUCCAACAAACCCUUUAA